AUGGGUCGGGAAUACACUGUUUGCAAGGGCUGCGGAAAUUGGAUCUACACAGAUCUAAUCACGCAGGUCUACAAGGCCUUGGAAGGGGUAUGGGAACAAAUUCCCGAAGCUGCCCGUGUUGAACUCUCCAAGGCCGGUUUCAGGGCCCCGGUGGAGGACAAGUCGUCGGAUGAGGUGGCCCUUCUGGACCUAUUGCAGGCCCACAUUGGGGAUCUGCCAGCGGACGUCCAGACAGCGCUGCACAACAGGAACAAGGUUCCUGAUGUUCCGCCAGAAGAAGCCGCCAUAACAGCCACGAACGAGCUCAAAGGGGCAUCCACCAAGCUGCGGUCCUUAGGCCACCGCAAAAUUCGUCUCCAAGCCAAGAUUGACGAAUCGAAAGCCGCCCUCAAAGCGUUGUAUGUUGAAAUGCAAAACUUGAUGCAAGAGCUGAAAGCGGCUGAGGAAAAUAUGGAAACCCUUGCCAAGACCUUCCGGGACAAGGUACUUCAGGCGCCCGUUCAAGAAGAAGAUGAGGACUUUAAUCUGUCCGAGGUGCUUGGAAGCAUUGGCCUUUCCCUUGAUGAAGCCCAACUCCAAAAGGUGCGGGAUGCCCAGGCCCAGCACAAGCUCCAGCGAAGGCAGAAGGCUGCGGAGCAACUGCUGGCCCAUGCCGGUUUCCCGCCUGGAUUGGGGGGGAGUCCUCCAGGUAUAGGGGGUCAGGCCAUUGCAGCCCAGUUGGAAGCCAUUGGGGUGACCCUAACCCCAGACCAAAAGAACAUGGUAAUCACUGGGCAGUGGCCCGGCCCCUCACAAACCAUCGACCUCAAGGCGGCAAUUGAGCAAGGAUGCCCCAACAUGGAAAUCGAAGACCUUGAGCUAAGACGAGAAGAACUUGAAGUGCAGCUUGAGCGCAAGCGACGCAAGCUGGCUACCCAAAGCGCCUCCCCACCCACCUCCGUCAAAGAAGGGGGCAAGGAAAAAGGGGAGCGCAGAGGUUCGGAAGCCGAACAAGGCUUUGUCACUGUAUAUAAAAAGAAGUGGAAGGCGAAGGGCCAGCUUUCUUGGUCCACAGACGUUGAGAAGGCUAGCACCCGUGUGCCCUCCGCGAGCCUUUCAGGCACUCCCGAGUCUCAGGCUGUUUUGACCACACCAUCCAAGCCGGGGACGGAGGACGAUUUUGACCCUUUCCCCCUUUCUAGGGGGGUUUUUACAAACAAUAUCUCACCUGAGUGGAGGGAGUUCGGUCCUUCCCCAAUCAAUCUCUACAACCGGUUUUCAGCCCUGGCGGAAGACGAAAAUCCCAACGAUGAAUUCACCUCCCUCCUCCUCAAGGCCAAGGACCAGUCACUUGCUGCAUGUGAGGAGGAAUUGGUGGAACUGGUGGACAAAAUGCCAAUCCGCCAAGGGUCUCUUGAAGAAUGGGCGGCCAACCAUGCAUUGCAUCAACUGGCCACUCACAGAAACGAACCUAGUGUUUGUCUGGAGGCAAUUGCUGAUGCAAAAUGGCAGCUCAAAGACGAACCAGCAAAAUUUGAAAUCACAGUUGCCAAUGUCACAAGAUGGAGAGCUGAGAUCAAAACGUGGCUCCUAGAUAGGCGACCACAGGGGGUGUGUCUCCAGGAAACCCACCUCACAGCCAAAGAACAGCAUCUUGCCAUCCAUCAGUUGGAUCAG